GGGAGCGCCCCCGUCCCCUCGGAGGGACCGCCGGGCCGAGGCGGUGACAGCAGCGGCAGCGGCGGUGGGGCCGCGGCAGGGUGGCCAGGGCGGGGCCGCGCAGCCGGAGCCCACCGAACUCCUCGUCUCCCAGCGCGGCCCGGCCGGGUUCGCCGCGCCCCUCGGGCCUGGCAGGGUCACCUUCAUGGGCGGGCGGUAGCGCGGGGUGCCCGGGGCCUGGUGAGGCGUCGCCUGGGCAGAGCGGGGACCGGAGGCGGCGGGGCCCGGGGCGAUGUUCGUGCAGGAGGAGAAGAUCUUCGCGGGGAAGGUGCUGAGGCUCCAUGUGUGCACCAUGGAGGGUGCGGAGUGGCUGGAGGAGGUCCCCGAGGACACUACGGUGGAGAAGCUGAAGGAGCGAUGCCUGAAGCACUGUGUACCUGGGAGCCUGGAGGAUCCAAAAACUGUGACACAUCAUAAGUUGAUCCAUGCUACUUCUGAGAAGGUGCUGACAGACACAAAAACAGUGUUGGAGGAAAACAUUCAAGAUAGAGAUGUCUUGCUGUUGAUCAAGAAGCGUGCACCACCUCCGCUCCCCAAAAUGGCAGACGUGUCAGCAGAGGAGAAAAGGAAACAAGAGCAGAAAGCUCCUGAUAAGGAUGCCAUUCUCAAAGCAACUGCAAACCUGCCCUCUCGCAGCGUGGAUCGCACCGUGGCCCAUCACAGCAUGAGGGAUUUUCCUUUCUUGCAGUUCCAGACAGAGCUCCGGAAGAUCUUAGUGUCUCUCAUAGAAGUUGCACAGAAAUUGCUAGCGCUGAACCCAGAUGCAGUUGAACUAUUUAAGAAGGCAAAUGCCAUGCUGGAUGAGGAUGAGGAAGACAGAGUGGAUGAGAUAGCUCUGCGACAGCUUACAGAAAUGGGGUUUCCAGAAAGCAGAGCUGUCAAAGCCCUUCGAUUAAAUCAUAUGUCAGUGACACAAGCCAUGGAGUGGUUGAUAGAACAUGCUGAUGACCCUACAGUGGAUGCUCCACUUCCAGGUCAGACUCCAUCAGAAGCCACAGAUGAAGCUGGUGCAUCCUCUGCUGAAGCAACUGCAGGUCCUAGUGCAGAGGCAGGUGGGGAAGAGGCCAAGGAUGAGCUGACAGAAAUAUUCAAGAAGAUCCGGAGGAAAAGAGAGUUUCGUCCAGAUCCACGAGCUGUCAUUGCCCUGAUGGAGAUGGGAUUUGAUGAGAAAGAAGUGGUAGAUGCGCUCAGAGUAAACAACAACCAGCAAAAUGCAGCCUGUGAAUGGCUGCUGGGAGACAGAAAGCCUUCUCCAGAGGACUUAGAUAAGGGCAUUGACACCAACAGCCCUCUCUUCCAAGCCAUCUUAGAAAACCCAGUGGUACAGUUAGGGUUAACCAACCCUAAAACUCUACUAGCCUUUGAAGACAUGCUUGAAAACCCCCUGAACAGCACUCAGUGGAUGAACGACCCAGAAACCGGGCCCGUCAUGCUCCAGAUCUCGCGGAUCUUCCAGACGCUGAACCGCACGUAGAGGGCGAUGCCAGUCCGCUGCGCCGCUUCCUCCUGCCCCUCGCUUCACCUUCCCCUCCUCGGGAGGGAGCAUGGAUUGCUUGGAGAGGGGGGCAGAUGGAAGGGGGGAGGGGAGGAGAUCCCCUUGGAAAGGGGCUCUCACGCAAGAGCUUAAUGUAGUUAGGGCCAACUGAAGUGAGUUGCCUUGUGGAUGUAGUGUUAGGGGGGAGAGGUUUGAAGGCUUGCUUCUGUUUUCAGGUAUUAGGUUUAAAAUAAAAUAUAUC